AUGCCCUCUCUUCCUGCUCUCCCCCUCAUCUCUCUCUUCCUCUUUUUCUCUCUCUUCGUCCUCCUCCACCUCCACCCCUCCUCCGCCGCAACCCCGCCACCGUCCCAACUCGUGGACUCCGUCUGCAAAAAAACCACAAACUACACCUUCUGCAUCCAGUCUCUCUACUCCGACUCGCGCACUCGCACCGCCGACCGGUUCGUGCUCGCCUACGUCUCCUUCGACUUGGCCUAUCUCAAUGCCACGCACACCAAGGACUACAUAACUAAUCUGCUCAAGAACGACACAAAAAGACAUGCAUCAGAUAAAAACAUGUUUGAGAGUCUGAGGAGGUGCCAGGGGUAUUAUGGUAAGGCCGUUAAGGGUUUGGCUGAAGCAAUCAACGAUUUGGAUUCGGAAACUUUCUCGGAAUUGGGUAGUUUGGCAAAGGUUGCUGAUCGUGCUUCACAAGAUUGUGAGGUUGCUUUCAAAGCAAAACAUUAUCCCAGAUUUUUGUCUGGGAUGAAUGGAGAUUUGAGUCGGCUUUGCAAGAUUUGUAUUGUGGUCUCUAAACUUUUUUAA